CUUCACUCUUCAAUAUAAAGCAUCAUCACACUACAGAUGAAGAAGGCCCACACUAAGAGUCUAAGACUUACCAUUUUAGUUACAAAGCUCUCACUUCACACUAGCGAUCACCCAUUUCUUCAAAUGGCUACUGUCUCUCUUCACUCCCAUGCCUUCUUCUUCCUUAGUCUCCUGUUUGUGAUCCUCAUGAGUCUCCGACAACACUUGGCUUUGGCUGGAGGAUGCCAAUAUCCUCCGGUGAUCUUUAACUUCGGAGAUUCUAACUCUGACACGGGUGGACUCGUCGCUGGACUAGGUUAUACCGUUGGUCUCCCAAACGGCCGCUCAUUUUUCCGACGAUCCACCGGACGAUUAUCCGACGGUCGACUCAUAAUUGAUUUCCUCUGCCAGAGUUUGAAUACAAGUCUGCUAAACCCAUACUUAGACUCAAUGGUUGGAUCAAAGUUCCAAAACGGCGUUAACUUCGCCAUCGUUGGAUCAACCACUCUUCCUAGAUAUGUUCCGUUCGUCCUCAACAUUCAGCUCAUGCAGUUCCUUCAUUUCAAAUCCCGAGCACUAGAGCUUGUUUCCACCUCAGAUCCUUUGAAAGAGAUGAUGAUAACUGAGAGUGGAUUCAGAAACGCAUUGUACAUGAUCGAUAUCGGGCAAAAUGAUAUCGCAGAUUCAUUUUCCAAAGGCUUCUCUUACUCUCAGGUCGUCAAGCAUAUUCCAAACGUUAUUUCCGAGAUCAAGAGUGCAAUUAAGACAUUGUAUGAUGAAGGAGGGAGGAAGUUCUGGGUUCACAAUACAGGACCUUUAGGUUGUCUGCCUCAGAAACUCUCAAUGGUUCAGAGCAAAGAUUUUGACAAAAACGGUUGUCUAUCGGUUUAUAACUCAGCCUCAAAGUUGUUCAACGAAGGGUUGGAUCAUAUGUGUCGGGAGAUGAGAACCGAGCUGAGAGAUGCUGACAUAGUCUAUGUCGACAUUUAUUCAAUCAAGUAUGAUCUCAUCGCAAACUCAACCAACUACGGCUUUGAGAAACCGUUAAUGGCGUGUUGCGGAUACGGAGGGCCUCCUUACAACUAUAACGUGAACAUAACGUGUGGGCACGGUGGGUCUAAUAGCUGUGACGAAGGGUCUCGGUUUAUAAGCUGGGAUGGAAUACAUUACACUGAGACGGCUAACGCAAUUGUAGCCAUGAAAGUAUUGUCUAUGCAAUACUCCACGCCACCAACUCCGUUUAAUUUCUUUUGCAGCCGGUGAGAUUAUACAUCUAAUUGUAACUUUUUUUUUAAAUUGCACUAAAGAGAAAGGAGAUGUGUGCUUCUACGGUUCUACCAAGUGUCAUUUUAAGAAGACUUGUAAAUUGUAAUUGUGUUUGGUUCUCUGGUUUCGACUAGUCCAAAAAUCUUUUAAAAAUAUUACAGUUGCUUAUUACAACGUUU